UUGUUUUUCUCGUCUGGUGGUGUGCAAAUGUGCAAGUUUUUCACCGAUGAGCUAAGGUGCGAUUUAUUGCGAGGAGCCAUCGUCCGGUUGUAAUUCUGUAAUAUUAUUUCUCGAUAAGUAUUAUUUCAUUGCCAACGAACAAAACGCGUGCGGGUGAAUCGUCAAAGAAAACCAAGUCGUCGAAAACAAUCAACCGAAGCCCAACCUAGAAGUUGUGAAGCCGUAGUGAAAGCAGCAAAAAAUGUCCUCUGCACCGUCGCCACCGGAAAGCUCUGCCGCAGUAGCGGCCGACGUGAAGGAUGCGAGUCCGGAAGGCCCGGAAAAGUCUGCCAACAAAGAAAAGGCCGAAGAGUUUAAAAACCAAGCCAACGAGUUCUUCAAAAGCAAAGACUACGAUCAGGCCGUGAUGCUGUACACCGAGGCGAUCGCCCUGGAUGAAACGAACGCAGUGUACUAUGCAAAUCGCAGCUUUGCCUACCUGCGGCAGGAAGCCUUCGGGUAUGCCCUCUCGGAUGCGGUGCAGGCCAUCAAGUGCAAUCCGGGCUACCUGAAGGGCUACUAUCGGAGGGCGGGCGCCCACAUGGCCCUCGGCAAGUUCAAGCUGGCCCUGCAGGAUCUGGAGUUCGUGGCCAAGCGGUGUCCCAACGAUAAGGACGCCCAAACCAAGUACACCGAGUGCAAGAAGAUCGUACAGAAGAUGGCCUUCGAGCGGGCCAUCGCCGUCGACAAGCAGGAGAAGAGCGUGAUGGAGAUGUGUCGGGAUCUGGAAUCUGCGACCAUCGAAGCCGAUUACGACGGACCAAAGCUGGUCGACGGUAAAGUAACGUUAGAUUUCAUGAAGCAUCUCAUGGAAUGGUACAAAAAUCAGAAGAAGCUACACAAAAACUUUGCGUAUAGGAUUCUAUGUGACGUGGAGGCACUGUUCAAAAAGCAACCAUCCCUGGUGGAUAUCACAGUGCCCGAUCAGAACAAAUUCACCGUUUGCGGUGACAUCCAUGGUCAAUUUUAUGAUUUGCUCAACAUUUUCGACAUCAACGGCAUGCCAUCGGAAACCAAUCCGUACCUGUUCAAUGGGGAUUUCGUCGAUAGAGGUUCGUUCUCGGUGGAGUGCAUCUUUACGCUGUUCGGAUUCAAGCUGCUGUACCCGAACCACUUCUUCAUGUCACGAGGUAAUCACGAGAGUGUGAACAUGAAUCAAAUGUAUGGCUUUACGGGGGAAGUGGUGGCCAAAUAUUCACAAUCCAUGUCGGAGAUGUUUACCAUUGUGUACAACUGGUUGCCGCUGUGUCACUGCAUCAAUGGUAAGGUUCUGGUCAUGCACGGAGGUCUGUUCUCGAAGGACGAGGUAUCGUUGGACGAUCUGCGGCACAUCGACCGGAACCGACAGCCACCGGAGGAAGGCCUGAUGUGCGAACUGCUCUGGUCUGACCCACAGCCACAGAAUGGGCGGUCGCAAUCCAAACGCGGCGUGGGUAUCCAGUUUGGACCGGACGUAUCCAAGGCAUUCCUGGAACGGAACAAACUCGACUAUAUCAUUCGGAGCCACGAGGUCAAGGAUGAAGGGUACGAGGUUGCCCACGAUGGCAAGUGCAUAACGGUGUUCUCUGCACCCAAUUAUUGCGAUGCCAUGGGCAAUUUAGGUGCAUUUAUCAAUCUGAGAGGUGACGAUUUGACACCACAGUUCAAAACUUAUUCAGCAGUCCCGCAUCCCCAUGUAAAACCGAUGGCUUACGCCAGUGCUCUAAGCAUGCUUGCGUAGUAUAGCUGCUCAGCAGAAACUUGCCACUGUUUCCCAACCGGGAACGGACCAAUCCAACCGGAACAAGACGACGGGAAACGUUUAUCCCACUCAUCACACAACACAGGCGUAACUAUCACUGCUACUACUAGUAAAGAACAGUAUCCAAAAAGAUGGAAAGGAAAUAUUUCAUCCAAGUUUAUUGAAACUAGGUUUGUUUUUACCACAACCAUACAAAUCGGCUCAAAGAGACCUUUCGGUAAGUACGUAUGCAUUUUGUUUCUAUUUCAAAUGCCCCCUUUUAAUUGUGAGUAGAUCAAAACACACCACAUCUCGUUGAUCUAGUUCAAAUUGUAUAGCUUUAGAACGCAAGAGUACAAUAGGAUCAUGCUUCGAUUUUAAGAGUGCAUUUUUUACACCAAUAAAAUAUGUUAUCAAAAAUAUUCUUAUGUUUCCAUCAUAAUUACAAAUUGAAAGCGGAUCUCGGAGACGAACAUUAGCCAUGCAAAAGUAAUGCUAGCAGAAAUAAGGUGAAUCAAAAUCUGAAAGGAGAGUAAAUAUGUUAUGUGUUUUUGCAUUUGGCUGGUAUUCUCUUCGAGCUAUACUUUGGGGAUUGGUUUAUGGAUUUAUUGCUAGCAAAAACGGAUGAAAACAAUCUAAUGGAUCUUUUAACUUAAAAUUGUUCUAAAAUUUAAAAAAAAAAUCAAUCUUUUGAUCCAAUCCUGAAACGUUCUCAAUAGUUUGAGAAGGAAAUAACAAAAAAUAAUCUAACAGCUCUACAAACCAUCAAUUUUAUAAAAUUUUAUACCAUUAAUUCGUAACUCUACUGGAAAUCACUAUCAAAUGGUGCAACAAAGUCAAGGCAGCAAUCGAGCAACACAGGUCGAAAAUCUUCUUCAAAGCAAAACUAGGUGAAAAAAGACGAAAUAAACCAACAAAGACAUUCUUCCCAAAAAUUUGCUAUUGCAGCUGCUGGCAACCAGCAGCGUAGCAUGGUAGCAAAAACUAGGGUGACCCCAUCAACUUAGGAAAAGGCAAGUUUUGUGUUGUAUGAUGUAGAAACGAAAGCUAAUUUCUAAUUUUAGACCUCUGAUAGGGGACCCGAAAAUGCUUAUCGAUUCUCCAAGAAUAAAACCUUUAGUCGCGAUGGUCUAGCAGAGCCGGCGGGAACUCUUCUCUGAGUUUUCUCUUUAGUUUUUUUCUAUAUAAAAUCUAGAAUACGUGGGAUGAUGAUCACUGCAAGGUCACAAGUGUUCCCAUCAUUACCCGGUGCAAAACGUGCGUAGGUGGAUGGACGCUAUCGUAUUAAGUUUUAGGUGAUAAUGAUGAUGAUAUAAUAAAUACCAAAUUGUUGCAAGA